CCAGAUUUCCUGCGCCCUCAUUUACAUUCUCAACCAACACUCACAAUUUCACAAACUCCCAUACUCCAUUGCAGCCGCUGCUUCCAUCCUAAACUAACAAAUUUUAGGGUUUUGCAGAGGGGGUUUGUUUGCAAAUUGAAAUGGUGGUCCCUACACAACUGACGGCAGAGGCUGUUAAUCAGCUCAGAGAAGGUAUCGAUCUUCUGUUAGGUCGAUGGAGUGCGCUUCAGAUGGCGAUUCAGAACGAAUGGGGUGGACGUGACACUCGUCAGAAAGCACAACAGCUUGCUGUUGAUGUUUAUCAUUGGUUGAUUAGACCCGCUGAGGCAUUAUACGUUGACGAAUUGGAGGAUUUACUUGAUGAUUUUAUGCUCUCACUUAAUACUGAGAUUGAUGACGGUAGCAUCGAGGAGGUAGCGGAUAAUUUAAUGAUCAUGCAUGAAGAAUGUUUGGAAGGCAACUUUGCCUCAAUUGAACGACUAAGGCAAUCAAUUCCUGCCGCUAAUCAUCGCAUGCAGGUUGUGAACGGUGGUGAUGAUGAUGAUUCCGAUACAGCAUCAAGUUCAGGUGACGAAUCAAUGGAGAUGUCAGAUGAACUGGACCCAUCUUCGAACAUCUCUGGUAUGACUAUAAGUGAACCACCACGGGCACAGGCACCAAUCGUUGAUGCAGAUGGCUGGACCGUAGUUUCUUCUAGAAGAAACAAAGGUGGCAGGCCCUAAGUUUGUUGUCUUUAGUAUAUUUAUAUUUAUACAACUUAAUUUUCGGAAGACAGAUACUUUAUAUACAAGUAUGUAGUGUUCUCAAGAUCUUAUGUUGGUGUGUUAUAUUCAGACAGCUUUUGGUGCUUGUAAUUUUAGCUUUUCUCCUAUGUCUGAGGUUUUGUCUGAUUUGUUUGUUUUGCAGAAAAUUCUAUAUGCUUUGAAUGAUCA